CGUUUUUAACUUGGUUUAUGUUUUUUUUAUUCGAAAACGGUACACGUCCAAAACAUUUCUUGUUUACAAUCAAUUUUUAUGUAUUUUUUAUCAAUAAAUAAAAGUACAUAGGUUGAUAAUCUAAUUACCAACAUUAAUUACCCAAUUAAAAGGUGCAGUAGGGUAAUAGUGCAACAAUAAUAGGCAAUAGAAUUAUUUUUUUUUAAUUAUUAGUGCAAUGAGUGGUUUCAGCCCCUUUGUAUAUUGGGCGCAAAACGAAAAUAAACUAUUUUUGAAAAUAGACCUCAAGGACGUACAGCAACCUCUUAUUGAUGUAGAUGAAAAAUUAAUUAGUUUUGAUGGCUUGGGCAGAGGUGCACUGGGCACGAAAGAAUACAGUUUUAAAUUGAACCUUUUUGAAGGGAUUAAUUCAAAGGAAAAAAAUGUUAAAAUCACUGACAACUGCAUCAACAUUACAUUAAAUAAAACGCAACCUGGUUGGUGGCCAAGACUAACAUCUACACCCCAAAAACCAAUAUGGUUAAAAAUCGAUUUCAAUAAAUGGCAAUCAGAAGAUGAUUUCUUAGAGGAAAAAGUUAAUAAUGUUACAGAAGAUUAUCCAGACGUUUACAAGCAUUUAAUGAAAAACGAAUUAGGAUAUAUUAAAGAAGAUUUCAAAUCAGUCUACAUGGUGUUCUACAAUCUAGCAAUGCUCUGUGCCUUUUUAUACGCCCUCAUAAUCCUUACAAUGACUAUGGCGAAAAACGGUUUUGAAGAAACAAGUUAUACCAAUGUCUACCCAAUUGUUGGACAUGUACUGUGUAUAAUUCAUCUUUUCCAAGCACUGGAAAUAAUGCAUCCGAUUUUUGGUUACGUAAAAGGCAGCCCUUUUAUGCCUUUUUUGCAAAUAGUCGGCAGGCUGUUUAUACUUUUUGGUAAUUUGGAAUUCGAGCCUCGAUUACAAAAAAUGCCAGCCACGACUUGGUUGUUUUUUGCUUGGAUUUAUAGCGACUUAAUUAGAUAUGUUUACUACAUUUUCCAUAUAUCUGGCUCCAAAAACUCCAUAAGACGAUACGUUUAUCCCUUUGCAAAAUGGUUAAGGUACACGGCCUGGAUUAUUCUUUAUCCAGUUGGUUUCUUGUGCGAAUCUGUAAUAAUAUUUAGAAACAUUCUUUAUUUGCAUAACGAGCCCAGACUCUAUUUGCGUUUGCCCAAUGUUUACAAUGUAACAUUUGAUUAUUUGACGUUUUUGAGAGUUUAUAUGCUUUUUAUAAUGUUCCCAGGCAUGUAUACGCUUAUUAAGUACAUGUAUAAGGCCAGGACGAAAAAUUUGGGUGGCAGCGAGCCAUUUGAUAAGUUGGGUUUUUCCAAAAAGAAGGUAGAGUAAGCUAAAAAAAAAAUAUUUAUUUAUUUGUGCACUGCAUUUUUGUGGUUUGUUUAGGUGAUAAUUUUUAAAGGUUGUUGUAUUUUUUGUUUCUUUUUUUAUAAUUUUUUUUACUUGAAUAAAUAUAAAAAUAUUAGCUUAGAAAAUAUUAUUUUCCUCUUGAGUAAGCAUAGGGAAAAAUGUAUCAAUAAUUUAAAACACUUAAAACAAUAAAUAAAAAUAAAACUUAAGAAUAAAACGUUAAAACCGAGGUUUGAUUGCCUCUGACAAGCAAAACUGGAGGCAUUUCUUUGGUGAGAAGUUCCAGCCAUGCCAAAUAAGUAGCAGCGGACACGAUAUUUUUUCUUGGAAUUGGUAAAGUGACCACAACCAUUUCAGCUUCACUAGAAUGUUCUAGCAACAGCUCUCUCAGCCUCAUGUGACGGUUUGUUUUGUCUUUGACCGCCAUCAAUUCCGAAUCUGUGAUAGAA